GUGGAGUCUAAUCACGUGAUAUGGACGUCUCGCCUCCUCUUAUGUGGUUGAAUUUUGUUGUUUUAAAAACAAAUUACGACAAGCUUUGACAUUAGGUAAUUAUUAUAUUUUCGUUUAUUUACAUAACGUUUACAUGUAUUUUAAAAUGUAUGGAUAUGUUUCAGCCAAUGACUGGUUUCAGCCCAAGCAAGCUUUAGGUUAGAUUUAGGUUUAGGCAGCAAUAUGGCGACUCCCAUGGAUACAGCAUGAAUGUCCUCAGUUCAGUCUCUUUUUGACCUGUUGUUGUGGAUGACAGUCUCAAUGAUGUUUUUAGAGUACUUUUAGAGUGCAUUUUCCUCUAAAUUUAAUUUUGUUGUAAAAGUUUUCGAACGAAAUGCCUACACCAGACUACAAGAAAGUUUUGCUUGAAUGAAUUUCCAAGGCAGUCUGCGCUACAGUGCUGUCCUUGGUUGAGCUUACACUCAAAGACUGUAAUUGCAGUUUGAAUACCCUAGAUGGCGAUGUUGCCAUAUAAACGCAACAUGAAACAAUCUCAACGAUUCUACCGAGUUGCAGUUCAAAUAAGGAAAUCAGUCAAUUGAAAUAAAUAAAUUAGGCCCUAAUCCAUGGAUUUCACAUGACUGGGCAGGGGCGCAGCCAUGGGUGGGCCUGGGAGGGCAUAGGCCCACCCACUGGGGAGCCAGGCCCAGUCAAUCAGAAUUCGUUUUUCCCCACAAAAGGGCAUUAUUACAGACAGAAAUACUCCUCAGUUUCAUCAGUUGUCCGGGUGGCUGUUCUCAGACGAUCCUGUAGGUGAUCGCCGGUUGUGGAGGUCCUGAGCUGGCGUGCUUACACGUGGUCUGCGGUUGUGAGGCCGGCUGGGCGUACUGUCAUAUUCUCUAAAACGACAUAGGAGGUGGCUUAUGGUAGAGAAAUUCUCUAGCAACAGCUCUGGUGGGCAGUCAGCAUGCCAAUUGCACGCUCCCUCAAAACUUGAGACAUCUGUGGCAUUGUGUUGUGUGACAAAACUGCACAUUUUAGAGUGGCCUUUUAUGGUCCCCAGCACAAGGUGUGCCUGUGUAAUGAUCAUGCUGUUUAAUCAGCUUCUUGAUAUGCCACACCUGUCAGGUGGAUGGAUUAUCUUGGCAAAGGAGAAAUGCUCACUAACAGGGAUGUAAACAAAUUUGUGCACAAAAUCUGAGAGAAAUAAGCUUUUUGUGCAUAUGUAACAUUUCAGCUCAUAAAACAUGGGACCAACACUUUAUAUGUUCUGUUUAGAUUUUGGUUCAGUAUAGAUUGACACUAAAAUGAAUAUACUGUAGAUGAUCAUUUUAAGAAAUACAGUGCCUAUAGAAAGUCUACACCCCCUUGAACUUUCUUUCACAUUUUGCUGUCUUAAAAUUACAUAAUGCCCUACCCAAACCUCAUUCUUUCAUUGUGCAAUUAUAGGCCUACUGCACUCAGCCACACAGAAUGUGACCAGUAAAAGAGGAAAUUGUCAUUUUAAUAUCUGACCUACCCUUAAAGUUAGAAUCCUUUAUUUGCUACAUCCAUUUUUGGACUUAUCAGUUAAUGAGAUGGCUAUUGAUUAUUGAGGAAUAUAACUUAUAAAUUCCUCAUGAGCUUUAGUUCAACGGUCGUACCCCAUCAGAAUUCAAAAUAUAAGCUUGUUUUAGGCAUAUGAUUGUAAACAAUGUAAAUGUCAACAAACACUGUAUAGCCUCAAAACAUCGUUAAAACUAUAAUAUUGGAUAUCAUGGAUGGUCUGUCCUUGCAUCUAUAGCUCUGUCUAUAAAUUUGAGAGUGGUUAUAUUUCUCCAGGCCCAUCCUUCAGCUUUUCACUAAAACACAGGCGGGGUGACCCUUUGUUAUUGUUUCAACUAAGGAUUUUAGCUUUAAAGGGAUAGUUCACCCUAAUUACAAAGUGAUAUAUUGGUUUCCUUGCCCUGUAAGCAGUCUAUGGAAAAGGUAUGACAAAAAUCCAUGCUUUGAUUUAAUCUGCGCUUCAGGUCAAAAUCAUCCUAAAGUAUCAACAAAAGUCUAUUGUGUAGCUCAAUUAAGUUACUUACAGAUGAUUUGGACAUGAAGCACGGAAAUGUUAAUAUAGGUACCAUUGACUUGCAUUGGAUUUAUGCUAAAAAUGCUUAAAAGCUAGCAUUUAAAACAGUGGCCAGGUAAACAAAACCAAAGCAUGGGCUGCUGUCAUAGCUGGUCCAUAGACUGCUUACAGGGUAAGGAAACUAUCCCUUUAACAAAACAGACUGAUAUGAUAAAGACGACAAUAAACAGUAACAGAUCCAAGAGAAAUAUGAUUAUUUCAUGAGUUGGAUGAUCAAAUGUGCAAAUUAUCUGAAUGUGUACUCCUUUUGGCGCAAAGAUCCUUAUGAAAUGUGGGAUGAUCCAGUUCUCAGUGAAUGGUGGUCUGACCUUUUUGGUAAAAAAAAAGUGUUUUGUGGAAUUUGUCAAUUUUGGACAUUUCAUAUAGAUUAGAACAUCUUUAUAACAUUGUAAACUCAGCAAAAAAAGAAACUUCCCUUUUUCAGGACCCUGUCUUUCAAAGAUAAUUCGUAAAAAUCCUAAAUAACUUCACAGAUCUUCAUUGUAAAGGGUUUAAACACUGUUUCCCAUGCUUGUUCAAUGAACCAUAAACAAUUAAUGAUCAUGCACCUGUGGAACAGUCGUUAAGACACUAACAGCUUACAGACGGUAGGCAAUUAAGGUCACAGUUAUGAAAACUUAGGACACUAAAGAGGCCUUUCUACUGACUCUGAAAAACACCAAAAGAAAGAUGCCCAGGGUCCCUGCUCAUCUGCGUGAACGUGCCUUAGGCAUGCUGUAAGGAGGCAUGAGGACUGCAGAUGUGGCCAGGGCAAUGUCCGUAUUGUGAGACGCCUAAGACAGCGCUACAGGGAGACAGGACGGACAGCUGAUCGCACUCGCAGAGGCAGACCACGUGUACCAACACCUGCACAGGAUCAGUACAUCCGAACAUCACACCUGCGGGACAGGUACAGGAUGGCAACAACAACUGCCCGAGUUACACCAGGAAAAUACAAUCCCUCCAUCAGUGCUCAGACUGUCUGCAAUAGCCUGAGAGAGGCUGGACUGAGGGCUUGUAGGCCUGUUGUAAGGCAGGUCCUCACCAGACAUCACCGGCAACAACGUCGCCUAUGGGCACAAACCCACCGUCGCUGGACCAGACAGGACUGGCAAAAAGUGCUCUUCACUGGCGAGUCGCGGUUUUGUCUCACCAUUGGUGAUGGUCGGAUUUGCGUUUAUCGUUGAAGGAAUGAGCGUUACACCGAGGCCUGUACUCUGGAGCGGGAUCGAUUUGGAGGUGGAGGGUCCGUCAUGGUCUGGGGCGGUGUGUCACAGCAUCAUCGGACUGAGCUUGUUGUCAUUGCAGGCAAUCUCAACGCUGUGCGUUACAGGGAAGACAUCCUCCUCCCUCAUGUGGUACCCUUCCUGCAGGCUCAUCCUGACAUGACCCUCCAGCAUGACAAUGCCACCAGCCAUACUGCUCGUUCUGUGCGUGAUUUCCUGCAAGACAGGAAUGUCAGUGUUCUGCCAUAGCUAGCGAAGAGCCCGGAUCUCAAUAACAUUGAGCACGUCUGGGACCUGUUGGAUAGGAGGGUGAGGGCUAGGGCCAUUUCCCCCAGAAAUGUCCGGGAACUUGCAGGUGCCUUGGUGGAAGAGUGGGGUAACAUCUCACAGCAAGAACUGGCAAAUCUGGUGCAGUCCAUGAGGAGGAGAUGCACUGCAGUACUUAAUGCAGCUGGUGGCCACACCAGAUACUGACUGUUACUUUUGAUUUUGAUUGUUCACGGACACAUUAUUCAAUUUAUGUUAGUCACAUGUCUGUGGCACUUGUUCAGUUUAUGUCUCAGUUGUUGAAUCUUGUUAUGUUCAUACAAAUAUUUACACGUAAGUUUGCUGAAAAUAAACGCAGUUGACAGUGAGAAGACGUUUCUUUUUUUGCUGAGUUUAUAUCUGUCAUUGAACAGUCCACUCACCAGGGUCUUCUUGUCACUGGUACUGUGAGUGUGCUACUCUAAGCAACAGUAAUGAGGGUCUCCACAAGCAAACUCCAGCAGAUGGCCAUCUACACCACCUUGUUGACUGGUGCUGGCUGCGGCACGAUGUACUACCUUCUGCAAAGUAAGUAUCACUCAGUGUAGGUGUUGCCAUGGAUCAUUCAUUGUUCUUUAAUUUUAGGGAGUGAAUGUAAGAAAGUGAAUGAAAGCAAAAUGUGCUCAUGUAAGUAUUUCUGCCUGCCACUCUUUGUUUUCUUUGCUAGAGAACUUCUCGCGGUCGGACUACCACCGUCUAGCCCUGGAGCAGCUGAAAGCCAACCAGACAGCCAUGGACAGUCUGGGAGCACCACCCCUGAAGGUCCACAACAUCCACCUGUCUGACCGACACAACCGGGUGGAACCUUACACAGCUGAGGUAGCUCUCUGAGGGUCAUUCCACCUGUAUGGGAACAAACUAGGAGCAUCACCAGCAUUACCAUCAUCCAUCACCGUUUGCUAGAUAUUCAUAAUACUUUAUAUGUUUCAGAUCAAAAUCCCAGUGACAGGAUCUAAAGAUGGUGGCUACCUCUACACAUCCUCAGUAAGAGACCCCCAAACACUUGGGUAGGUACUCUUAAUCAAUAUUAUUCUAUAGAAAUACACUCUUAGAGGAAAUUGAUUGAUCCAUAGAAUGAAAACAAGUACUGUAUGUACUGACCUUCAAAGUACAUAAAGGCUGUUCGACCCCAUGCAAUUGAAUGCUGUUGUUCAUCAUACAGUACCCUCCUCUCUCUUUCCCUGGCGGCGCUAGGUGGAAUUUAACGCAGGCAGUGCUGCAGCUUAGAGAGGGUCAGCGUAUUGACCUUCUCACCUUCACACCAUCAACACCACCGCCAAAUAAGACAGAGGGACUUGAGACAGGCAACUGGUCCUCCUGAUCUGCUCACCAGUCACCAAAACUACAGUGGGAUGAAGAUAGAACUGCUGCAAUUGUCCUCCUGUCAUCAUGCAUGGUGUCGCCAUAGCUUUAUCAAUUGAAGUGUAGAUAGUCAUAUUUGAAAAAAGCACCAGAGUGCAGUGCACACCAUUGGAUACUUAUUUAGACAAAGGGCAUACACAAGCUGCCUCUUGGUUUGGAAUCACCAUAGUAAUGUCGAUGAUUUGACCAAUGUUUAUUGAUGCUACUUUGUACAUGACAUUUACAUACAGGGUAUAUACUGUAUAAGAAACAGGAAAGAAGUGUUAUGUCCAUUAAAUGUCAUGCAUAUUUCUUAUAAACAGUGCUGUCCUGAGCAAAAUGUGAAUCCUACUUAGAAGAAUGAAAGGACAAUGACAGCGCAGCAAUUGUUCUACACAUUCCUAGUAUAAUACAAUGCAUCUUAUGAACAUUUCUCCAAAUGAACCAUGUAAUUGCCAGUGUUGGGGAUGCUACUCUGAAAAUAUUUUGCCAGUUACCAAUUACUUCACACUGGAAGAAGUUAAGCUACAUUAAGCUACCUUUAAGAAAAAUAUAGUUUACUUAACUAAAGUUACUUUGAAAAAGUAGUUCACUACAUUCAAACUACUUUGUGAAUAAUUAUAAUUAAAUCUGAAAUGUCAUGGAAUACAAAUUGCAAGAACUUAUCACUCUGUACUAAGAUGUUAACAGAAUGUGUAAUUUAUCCUAUUAAACACAAAAAACUGUUUCAAGUGAGAAUAAGUCAGGUCUGGUGACAAAAAAAGAAAGGACAUUUUUGCCUACUUCAUCCAUAUUUUCUUUUGGCA